AUGCAUUUAAUAUUUUACUUUAAUCCCUUAUCUACAAUCUUCUUUUUGGUAGAUGCAUCAGAGAAAGAUAAUUAAUUUCUCUGACAAAUAAAUAUUCAUGAAUAUAGGAAUGGAGGAAUCAGAUGAAAAUAACAGAGUCAGAUGGAACAACAGUGAAGUAGAUAAAUGUUUUCUCGAAGCGUGUAUCCAAGAAGUUGCUCUAAAUGGUAGAGAAGGAGGUAGUCUGAAGUCAGAAUCUUGGACCACAAUUAUGAAUACUUUGAAGAAAAAUCAUAACUUUGUUGUUUGUGAAAGACAAAUGAAGAAUCGAUAUGACUACUUAAAACAAAAAUAUCAAGCUUGGUUGCCGUUAAUUAUGAAAACAGGCAAUAUUUACAAUCGUGCCACCAACACCAUCAACAUGACAAAGGAAGAGUGGACAGAGUAUAUAAAGGCUCAUCCUAAGGCAAAGAGUUUAAGACUUGCACCCCUACCUUAUCCUGGCCUUUGUAGAGCACUAUUCGACGGUGCCACUGCUACAGGUGUUCAUUCUUGGGGACCUAGUUCCCAAGAUCAAAAUCCUGGUGUUACCUCAUUUUCUUCGAGUAAUGUCCGGAAUGUGGAACAAAGUGACAUAGAAGAUAUUUCUUUUUGUGAUGAAGAUGGAAAUUCUAGGGAUACCAGAGGGACCCAGACUAAUGAUUUCGCCCAUCGUUCUCAAGAAGAAAAGCCUAAAAAGAAAAAGAAAAAUAGUCAACCCUCGCCCAGUGAUACUAAUUUAAUAAAUGAGAUGUCAGCAGCUUUGAAGUUUAUGAUUAAAAAUAAUAGUGGGCCUUCAGUUACAGAUUGUAUUGCUAAAUUGGAUGAACUUGAAUGGGAUAAAGAAGACAUCUUAUAUGUUUCAGCUGUUGUAAUCUUUGGCAGUUGUGCGGGACAUAGAGAAGCUUGGAUGGCGCUUCCUAAGGAUAAUGUCAGAGUUCUGAAAGCAUGGAUUAAAAGAAUUGGACAAAAUACGGGAUUUGAAUUUUAACUUGCAAUGGCUUAUGUAUCAUAUUUUAAUAAUUUAGUAGUAUUUAUUUAUGAUGAUGGAUUCGUUUUAAGUUUCGUAAGUUAUUGCAAACUUUUUAUGUUAUUAGUUUCAAUUUUAGUAUCAAACUUGUUUAGUUGGUACUUUUUAUAAUAACAGACUUGUUUUACAUUUACCUUGUGAACUGAAUUCCCUUUAUAAUUCAAUAUUUCGCUAAUGAUAGUUUAAAUUCUUAAAUAUUUAAUGUAUUGUUUUUUGUUAACAGGUCAAAUAUGCAAAUUUACGAGAUUAUGAUAUUGAUGAUGAUCUAUUGGUACACACAAGUUCGACCGAGAUAUUUGAUGCGUGUACCAAGAAACAGAGAUAACAAUUCAGCAUUGUCGGGACAUGCUUACACAUUGGAGCUCUUGUCUGGAUCAGACACACAAUGUAUUGAAUUAAUGCGCAUGUCUCGUGUUGCAUCUAUUCGUUUGAGCAUGCAUUUUAGACAACGAGGGUGGCUGCAUGAUAGUAGACAUGUAUCAGUAGAAGAAAAAAUGGCAAUGUUCUUGCAAAUUAUUGGGCAUAAUAAGCGUCUUCGUGUAGUGAAGCGUAGAUUUCAACACUCUUCACAAACAGUUCAUGCGUAUUUUCAUGAAGUGUUGAGUGCAAUGAUGAAUAUGGCAAUGGAGAUUAUAGUACCAACAACAUUUGACCCGAACCCAAAUAUUUCGGCAAGUUUUAGGAGGUUACACCGAAUUUUUAAGGUAGAUAUUGUGUAUCGUUUUAUUUUUUUUGUCAUUAUUUAAUUCUCUUCUUGUUUCCGUAACUUCUUUUUAAUCAAAAUGUAGGGAGCAAUUGGUGCACUUGAUGGAACACUAGUACAUGCCGUUGUUCCAAUUUCAAAGCAAACUAUGUACAGGGGUAGAGGAAAGGGUCAAUGCUAUCAAAAUAUUUUAGGAAUAUGCGACUAUAAUAUGAUGUUUACGUUCGUUUGGGAAGGCUGGGAAGGGGUAACACAUGAUUCAAGAGUCUUAACAGAUACAAUUGCUGAUCCGAGAAACGGUUUUCCAUGGCCUCCCAAUGGUACUACUUUAAAUUCAAACUAUAAAUUCUAAUUAUUUAUACGUUAAAUCUGAUCUUGAAUUAUUUUUAUUAUUAUUACAAGUAAAUACUAUCUUUGUGAUGCAGCAUACACACAUAUUAGAGGAUUUAUGGUUCCGUAUCGCAAUGUGCGAUAUUGGUUAGGAGACUAUCGUCGUA